AUGGGAGGACACAAGUCUCACAGGAAGUCUUCUUUUUCUUUCUUUAGCAUCUUCAAACGUAAGAAGAGCCAAAGAGGAGGCACGGAUGAUACUUGGGAUGAUUCCAUGAAGGCAUACAAAGUGUAUCCAAGUGAUCAAGAUAGAGCUGGACGUUGGGCUGAUCCUCGAAUUGAUAGCAAAGCUACAGUUUUCAUUAACACUGCUACAAACCACUGGAACCAUGUUGAGGCAUCAGGAGUCAUCCCCAUCUUUCGUGGUUCCAACAGUUGGAGUAGUAGCGUAUGGGCGUGUGGCUUGUACAUGAAAAGAGGAGCGUCAACCGUGACCAACGUAGCUUUGACUAACACUAACUCGGAGUGA